AUGGGUUGUUUGGGACUGGUUGUCUUCAUUUCAUCCAUUCAAAUGCACCUUCUCACUAUCGCUCUUGGCCAAAAUUUCCUGAGGCAAUUCUGCAUGCGGGAGAGAGGUAACUACUCCAACAACAGUGCCUACCAGGCAAACCUGGACAGCCUCCUCUCCGCCUUCUCUAACACCACAGUUGACUACGGGUUUUACAAUUCCUCUGCUGGCGAAGUAAAGGCAAUUGCACUCUGUAGAGGUGAUCUCACGCCAAAUACAUGUCGUAAAUGCAUUGACACCUCUAGUCAUGAACUUAGAGGGCUUUGUCCCAACUACAAGGAAGCAUAUAUAUACUACGAUAAUUGUAUGUUAGGCUAUUCUAACCGCUCCAUAUUCAGCAUCAACAAACUUUCUCCAAUUUAUAUUUCAGCCAAACUUGAAAAUUUCUCAGAUGUGAACCAGACCAAUCAGGUGCUGCUAAAAUUGUUGGGCAACCUAAAAGAUGAAGCUGCCUCAGGCAGUCCUCUUCGAAAGUAUGCAGUGGGAGAAGCAACGGUUGGCUUUGAAACCAUAUAUGCACUUGUGCAGUGCACUCCUGAUUUACAAAAGCAGCAAUGCACGAACUGUUUGGAUGAUCUUAAUUUAUUAAUUCCAAAGAAUUUUUCUGAAGGGAAAAAUGGACUAACUGCUAUAGGGCCAAUCUGUAACUUCAGGUACGAGGUGUUCCGUUUCUAUCAGUCUCGACCUGAUGCGCCAUCAUCAUUUCCAUCUCCAACGGGUGAUUCUCCUUCUCCUGCAGCAUCCAAUGACACAACUGGGAACGGAAAAGACAGCAACACGGUCAGAGUUGUCCCUAUCACCAUUGUUCCUACUAUUGUUUUAGUGUUGUUUAUCAUUCCCAUAUGGAUCAUCCUAAGGAGGCCUCACGGAAGGAAAGUAGAAAAUGAUGAUGAAGUCCUUCAUGUGGAAUCUUUACUAUUCAACCUCAGCACUAUUAAAUUUGCAACAGAUAACUUCUCUGAUGCUAACAAGCUCGGAAGGGGAGGAUUUGGUGAUGUUUACAAGGGGAUACUUUCUGAUGGGCAAGCAAUUGCUGUGAAGAGGCUAUCCAUGAGUUCUAAUCAAGGUGAUCAAGAAUUUAAAAAUGAAGUUAUGUUUUUGGCCAAACUUCAACACAGGAAUCUGAUUAAACUCUUAGGCUUCUGCCUAGAAGCAGGAGAAAAACUCCUUAUCUAUGAGCUUGUGCCUAAUUCAAGCCUUGAUCACUUCAUAUUUGACCCGACAAACCGUACAUGCUUAGAUUGGGAAAAGCAUUAUACAAUCAUAAGAGGCAUUGCUCGUGGACUUCUUUAUCUUCAUGAAGAUUCUCAUCUUCGAAUAAUUCAUCGUGAUCUCAAAGCUAGCAAUAUCCUCUUAGAUGUAGAUAUGAACCCUAAAAUUUCAGAUUUUGGCUUAGCAAAGUUGUUUGCAUUGGAUCAAACUCAAGCUAAUACACGAAGAAUUGCGGGAACAUAUGGAUAUAUGGCUCCGGAAUAUGCGUAUCGAGGGCAUUUCUCAGUUAAAUCUGAUGUAUAUAGUUUUGGUGUAUUGGUUCUCGAAAUAGUGAGUGGUCAGAAGGCUUCUUCUCAAAAUGGAGAGGAAUUGGAUAACCUUGUAGGCUAUGCUUGGAGAAAAUGGAGGGAAGGAACAAUUUUAGAUAUAGUAGAUCCGACUCUGCAAGUUGAUUCGAGAAAUAAAAUAAUGAGGUGCUUUCACAUUGGGUUACUAUGCGUUCAGGAGAGUGUGGCUAAUAGACCAACAAUGUCUUUAGUUGUCUCAAUGCUCAAUAGUAAUCAUAGUUUGCUUCCUACUCCUUUGCGACCUGGAUUCCUUAUGCAUAGUACAACACAGGAAGAGGAGCAUAAUUCUCAAAUAAUUGGGUCAAAUUAUUCUGAGCAAAAUUCAACACAAUUCUCAACAAAUGGAGUUUCAAUCAGUUCAAGAAAAAGCCAAGAAGAAUCUCCACUCGUCAGCAAUGUCAAAAACCCGGAACUGUCAAAACCAGAUACUGGAGGUGGCCGCAUAAGCCCCAGAGUAAGUGGACAUGUCCAGCCAGCCCUUGCACCUGAUAGGCCACAUAGCAGCACUUCCAUGCUCUCAGAUGAUCUCGCUGCUGUUCUCGUUGCUCGUCGUUGUCCUGCUUUGGUGAAUGACUCUUACUCUCCACAAUAUGCUAGUGAGCUAUAA